GGUCGACUGCAUUGCAGAACAUGAUGACUGUCCCUUCGCUGGAGGAACUGGAGUCCUUCAAAUACAGUGACCUGCAGAACCUGGCCAAGAGUCUGGGCCUCCGGGCCAACCAGAGGGCAGACAAGUUGUUAAAAGCCUUGAGAGCCCACCUGGAACAAGAAAUAAGAAAGGAAAAAAAGAAUCAGGAUGAAAGUCAGACUCCAGCAGUCUCUUGCGAAGAGAUGCAGGUACAGAUCGGGGCUCAGGAACAGACAGAGAGGGAGCCGGCAGGCCACAUCACCAAAACCAAGAGAAGAAGGAGGACUCUCUACAUCCCCCCUGACCCACAGCAGGAUAUUUCAGAGACGAAAACAAAUGAUCCCACCGGAUGUCCGAGUCCGAAUCCAGAAGAGCCGGGAGACCUGGGGCUCAGCACUGUUGUGAAGACUACUCCCCCAUACCAGACGUGCAGGGAGGAGAAUGUUGUGGCCUCAGGGAAAGGAGGAAUAGCAGGUCAGGAAGGUUCAAAGGUACCCUCAGGAAAAAAGAAGCCUCUCAACACCGAAGGGUUUUCUAAAUCUGGAGUAAAGAAAAGAACUGCUUGCACAACCACUCCAAACUUUAAGAAACUUCAUGAGGCUCAUUUUAAGGAAAUGGAGUCCAUUGAUCAAUAUAUGGAAAGGAAAAAGAAGCAUUUUGAAGAACACAGUUCAUUGAGUGAACUGAAGAAGCAGCCAGUCAACAAGGCCAUGGUGGCCACUCCAAUGGCCCAGAGAGGACGCUUCUCUGAGGCCUGCACGCCUGUCAGCCAGCAGCGUUCUCAGGGCCGGAUCCACGCCCCCGUGUCUCGAAAUACCUCAUGUGUGAAGAGGUCAGGCAAGAGCUCGGCCACAAAAAUGAACGUCAGGUUUUCAGCCACUACUAAAGAUAAUGAGCAUAAGCGUUCACUCACCAAGACUCCAGCCAGAAAGUCUCCCCUUGUGACCAUGCCUUGGAGUACCUCAAAAGGCCAACCUGCACUUGGGACAAACAAAUUAAUGACCCCACGAAGGGAUUCUGCUGUUGUUUCUACCCCAUUCAAGCGCGUUGCUGAGGCCUCAAAUACUCCCGUCUCCCAGAAAAAACCAGUGUUUGAUCUCAAAGCAAGUUUGUCUCGUCCACUCGGCUAUGAACCACACAAAGGAAAGCUGAAACCAUGGGGACAAUCGAAAGAAAACUGUGUGAAUGAACACAUAAGCAGAGUCAGCCUCCACAAGAACACGUACAAACAGCCUCGCUUCAAGACCAGGGAGGAGCAGCGCAAGAAACAUGAGGAAGAGCAAAAGGAGAAGAAAGCAAAGGUUUUGGCAGCUCGAAGAGGACUUGUGGCUAAAAAUUGAUAAUCUUGUAAUAUUAUGUAAAUAUUCUUUUAUUUUGAACUUCUUGUAAAUAUUUUAGUGUUCUCCUUUUCAGUCACUAGCUAUCUUUCUGCUCCUUGCUGGCAUUGUAUUGUGGGAAUGGGCCUUCCAUGUGCCACGGCUCUGAAAGAACAUUCAUUUCUAAAGACCACGAAUCCUUUAGAAUGGUUUUUAUGUACGUCCUGAUACAACUCCGUUUUCUAUUAAGCCUUCUUCAGUAGUUUAUUGGCUAGCACAGUCCUCCCGUUGUUCACUGA